CAAUUUCUCUUCCCACCAUUUGGCUCGUAAUGGACUUUUGAUGUAGGUUGGUCUUGAAAUGCUUCUCAUGUAAACUAUGAUGACCUAAGGAAAGCUUACAUAAUUUUAUUUUUUGAUGUAUAGUUUAUGGGGGAAUAUAUUAUUGAAAAGAAGUUGAUUGAAAGGAUCACUUGAAGUUUAUUUGUAUUUCUUUGGUCGUUUAUUAUCAAUUUAGUGUGGGUCUCCCCCCGCCUCCUACUACGUCACUGGUAGCGGCCAUUGUGCUUGAAGAAGGCAAACUGGUGAGGAGGAAAUAUUACAAAUAUUACCAUUGAUUUAGCUGAUUACAGACUGCAGGAUCUCUAUAAAUCCAAACUUAUAAAGAGUUUGUGAUGGCUUCGCGAACCCAGAGAAAUGCUGGCCUUGUACAACGUAAGAAUAUCAAUUCUUCUGAAUUCUGUGAUCCGGACACACAACAACAGCAGCAAAUUGAGAAUCGUCAAAUCGACGUCGAGGACGAAUUGGAUCAUGACUCCAAAGAAACUCGAUUAACUCUCAUGGAAGAGGUCUUAUUGCUUGGUUUAAAGGAUAGAGAGGGCUAUACCUCAUUUUGGAAUGAUUGCAUAUCAUCUGGUCUUCGUGGUUGCAUUCUAAUUGAACUUGGACUUCGGGGACGUAUAGAGCUUGAAAAAGCUGGCAUGAGAAGACGUAGUUUACUGACUCGUAAAAUUAUCUGCAAGUCUGACACACCAACUGGAGAUGUCUUGCUAGACGAAGCAUUAAAACACAUUAAAGAAACAGAACCCUCUGAAUCUAUUCAGACAUGGAUUGAGUAUUUAAGUGGUGAAACUUGGAAUCCAUUGAAAUUAAGGUACCAAUUGCGUAAUGUACGAGAACGGCUGGCAAAAAAUUUGGUUGAAAAGGGUGUGUGCACUACAGAAAAACAGAACUUCUUGCUUUUUGAUAUGACUACUCACCCACUGACAGACACUGGUGUUAAACAGAAGGUAAUCAAGCGAGUUCAGGAUGCUGUAUUAAGCCGAUGGACAAACAAUCCUCAGAGGAUGGACAAACGUCUUCUGGCUCUGAUAUACCUUGCUCAUGCGUCUGAUGUGUUGGAAAAUGCCUUUGCACCACUGUCCGAUGAUGACUAUGAAGUGGCCAUGAAACGUGUACGGGAAUUGUUGGACCUAGAAUUUGAUGUGGAAAGCAUGAAAGAAGGAUCAAAUGAAAUGAUGUGGGCAGUUAUAGCUGCUUUCAGUAAAUGAAGUGUUAAACAGGGAAGCAACAACAACAACAACCAGCUGACAACAACAACAACAACAUUACAUCACAGUGACUUCUGUACUCUUGAGUACACUCCAGAUGAUACUGUCCUAACUAUCUGUAACCAUUAAAAAAGAAAAAAAUAAUUAUGAGGAAUACAAGCAAACACUCAACGAACUCCAGUCCAUUUAAAAAGGGAGCAAGGUGGUGUUUGUUUAUUCACCAUUUCUUUUGUUUUGUUUGCCCUUAGUUUACCUUUUUCUCUGUACAUAACCAAAAACUGGGAGUAACUCAUAUAUCUGAGAGGGACAUUAAACUAGCAGGUUACAACUGUUAAUAAUAUGAACAACAAUAUUAAUGAUAAUUAAUAAUAAUUAUUAUUAUCUUAAUGAAAACAAUGAUGCUCUGUAUGAACUUUUCUAUUCAUGAACUGUUGCCACAUUUUAAGAACCACUUGAUACCCACCCCCACCCCAG